AUGAAGAUCUAUUAUAUCGGUAUUCUAACCACCAAUAACGACAAAUCUAUAGAAUUAACUUCAGCUAGAGACUUGUCCCAGUUUUCUUUUUUUGAAAGAAAUGGGGUUUCUCAAUUCAUGACAUUUUUUGCUGAGACUGUAUCUCAAAGAACAGCAGCAGGUCAAAGACAAAGUGUUGAAGAAGGAAAUUAUAUUGGACAUACUUAUACUCGUUCAGAAGGAAUUUCAGGUGUUAUUAUAACUGAUAAAGAUUAUCCUGUACGUCCUGCUUAUUCAUUAAUAAAUAAAAUUUUGGAAGAAUAUUUAUCUUUACAUUCAGCAAAAGAAUGGGAAAAUAUUGAAACUACUACUCCCGACUUAAAUUAUUCACAAUUGGAAACUUAUUUAAAAAAAUAUCAGGAUCCAAGUCAAGCUGAUUCUAUAAUGAAAGUACAACAAGAAUUAGAUGAUACUAAAGUUGUGUUGCAUAAAACAAUUGAAGGUGUUUUACAAAGAGGUGAGAAAUUAGAUGCUUUAGUUGAUAAAUCUGAAGCUUUAUCUAGUUCUUCAAGAAUGUUUUAUAAACAAGCAAAAAAGACAAAUUCUUGUUGUAUCAUAAUGUGA